AUGGAGUUCCUCCCAGCACUCCAGCAUGGCAUAGACGACCUCAAGCCCUCGCUCUUCGAACUCCUUUCCGAGCAGCAACUCGCAUCGCUCCUGCCCCCAUCGCUGCGCUACCUCCUCGCCAUCACAACACCCCGAUAUCCGCGAUACCUACUUCCCAUACUCAAUUCCUUCGAUGAGGUCUACGCGCUGCUUAUGCUGCUCGUCGAACGCCACUUCCUGCGCACAUACGGCGGAUCCUUUACCGAGAACUUCUACGGUCUCAAGCGCGCUCGGGUGCUGAGAGUGCGAGGAGGCGAGAUACCGCGAGCACAACUAGGUGCAUCUGACAGCGUGCGCGAGGCUGUCAAGCUGGGCAAUGGCGAUAUCUGGAAGAAUCUUGCCGUGCUCGUUGGCCUGCCGUGGCUGAAGAGGAAGUUCGACGAGGGCUACGACGUUCACGCUGCGCAUGCGAACCUCCUGGGCCCUGGCUACAACCGGGAUAGAGAAGGAUUACAGGUCGGAGCGACUGUCAAGGAGCGACUGAUGCACUACUACAAGUGGUUUCUACGGAACAUAUACCCCAGUGUGAAUGCCGCCUACUACUUCUCCUUGCUGGCAUUCAACAUGGCAUACCUCUUUGAUGGCACAAAGUAUCACUCGCCCUUCAUGUGGUUGAUCGGUUCACGGAUACGGAGAUUGGGCGAGGCAGACCACAGGGCGAUUGAGAUUGCAACCGCACCAAGAAAGGUUGGGCCUGCGCGGCCUGGAGAGGGCGGAUCCAUCUUCUCACCAAGAAACAUUGCGAGGAGCAUCGAGCCGCGGUUGUUGAGCUCGCUAAAGAUACUUCUCCCGACCAGUAUCUUUGCGCUCAAGUUUCUAGAGUGGUGGCAUGCUUCAGACUUUGCCCGACAGCUAUCGAGGAAAGCCGCUGAGAACAUCGAUCUCCCACCACCGAUACUACCAUCCCUUCCACCUUCUGCAAAGCAGCAAUCGUCGAAGCAGGCAGAAUCCUCCGAGAAGGCGCGUCCAGCAUCGUCUUUGUCAGACAAACCCCAACGAAUCGACCCUCCGAUAUCCUCAACCACCCUCCUCCCCAUCCUCACCGUACCUACACCACCCUCAUCAGCCUUGUGUCCGAUCUGUGUUACACCCAUCAUAACUCCAACAGCCUCACCCACAGGAUUCGUCUACUGCUACACUUGCAUACACCGAUGGGUUGGAGGUGAGCAUGACCGCCAGCUCGCCUUCAUGGAGGGUGCCGCAGGAUUCCGAACGGGAGACGACGGGGAAGCAGAAGACGAGGGCUGGGGCAGGGAAGAAGGAAGCCGUGAAGGAAGAUGGGAGAGCGGUAGAGGACGGGAUGCUGUGACUGGAAGGAGAAUCCUGGGAGGUACUGAGGGUUUGAGGAGAGUGGUUGUCUAA